CAUUAAUUAAAUUGUGAGUGUUUUCUAUUUGCUAUCAGAAAACCAAAAAUGGCAUCAUCCAUAACCCUUGUUAUGGUGGCAGUGUUACUAAUACUCAUAUUUCCUCCCAACAAAGCUUAUGGCAGUGAUGAACAACAACAGUUGUGUUCUCGAAGGUGCGGUGUCCAUAACAUCAGCUCUCCUUUCCGAUUGAAAGACAGUCCAGAAAACUGCGGUGACACAAGAUACAACCUAUCAUGUGAAAACAACAACCAAUUGAUUUUGUAUGAUAUAUCAUAUGGAAGAUACUAUGUACAAUCAAUUAAUUACAACAACUUCACUAUCCGACUGUUGGAUUUCAAUCUUGUUUACUCUAAUUAUUCUCUCCCUCCUGAUUAUUCAUUAGGACUCUAUAACCUCAGUUACACCUUUCCCUACCUUGAUUAUUAUCAAUACAAAAAUGGGAGUUAUUAUACAUUGGCUAAAUCAAUAUUAUUUGUGAGCUGUCCAAAUCAUCGGAUGGAAUAUUCGUAUGUUGGUAACUGUAUGAAUAUUAGUUCAUACUCACAGUAUGGGAAUCCUUUCUAUGUUGGUGCUUAUAGCAAAUCUAUUUCAGAAUUGGGGCUGGGAGACGGAUGUCGUAUAGAGUUUAAGUAUGUCACAUCUUGGGAUUUACAAGAUGGAAACAACAACAACACUUCUUGCACGGACUUCCGCCGUAUGAUGCUUUAUGGAUUUGAACUUUCUUGGCUCAACAGUCUUUGUAAACAUGGAUGGUUUUCACACCUCGAUGAGAAUAGCCAUGUUAUCUGUCAUCGAGUCAUGUAUGUUCUUGCAGGAUGGGUCAUUACGCCUCGUUCUAUUAUGCUUUUAUGUGUGUACACAGUUGGAAUGGUUGCUUUACUGAGCAGUGUUAAAUUUGUGUUUGGAAUACCAUGUAUAAUUGUAUUACUAGUCUACAGAUGGCGCCUGAAACAUUUAUCCGUGUAUGAUAAUGUUGAAGAUUUUCUACAUAGUGACAAUAACAUUACGCCUAUAAGGUACUCUUAUAAAGACAUAAAAAAUAUGACAAAACAAUUCAAGAUAAAAUUAGGCAAUGGAGGUUAUGGAUCUGUUUUCAAAGGACAACUUCGAAGUGGUCGCCUUGUUGCGGUUAAAUUAUUGGACAAAGCCAAGACCAGUGGACAAGAUUUUAUCAAUGAAGUUUCUACAAUUGGUAGGAUUCACCAUGUUAAUGUGGUAGAACUGAUUGGUUUUUGUGUGGAGGGGUCAAAACGAGCUCUUAUAUAUGAAUUCAUGCCAAAUGGAUCACUAGAAAAAUACAUAUUUUCUACAACAAAAGAGAGUUAUUCUUUGAGUUGCGAAAAAUUGUAUGCCAUUUCUUUUGGAGUGGCUCGAGGCAUUGAGUACUUACAUAAUGGAUGCAAUAUGAAAAUUCUCCACUUUGAUAUAAAGCCUCAUAACAUCCUUCUUGACGAGAAUUUUAAUCCAAAACUUUCUGAUUUUGGACUAGCUAGACUUUGUCCAACAGAUAAAAGCAUUGUGACAUUAACUGCAGUAAGAGGAACCAUUGGAUAUAUGGCACCUGAAUUGUUCUAUCGGAAUGUUGGCACAAUAUCUUACAAAGUUGAUGUCUAUAGUUUUGGGAUGUUGUUAAUGGAGAUGGCAAGUAGAAGAAAGAACUUGAAUGCAUUGGCGGAUCAAUCUAGCCAAAUAUAUUUUCCUUUUUGGAUUUAUGAUCAGUUACAUGAUGGAAGGGAAGUAACAAUUGAGAAUGACACAGAUCAAGAGAUGAAAUUGACAAAGAAAAUGAUGGUUGUGGCUUUGUGGUGUAUACAGACAAAACCUGAGGACCGUCCUUCGAUGAAUAAAGUGUUGGAGAUGCUUGAAGAAGAAGGUGAAGAUAUGCAAAUUCCUAAUAAGCCUUACUUUUGCCUACAGGAUCAACCAGUUGCAGAUGUUAAAGAUGAUGAUAUUGGCCGCUCAUGGACUUCGUAUGGUACAACAGUAAGUGAUCCCAAGGAACCAACCUGAUCUCCUUUUGUUUUCAAAUCAAUUACAUGUUUAUAUGCAUCUAGUUUGAUGGUUCUAAGCAUUGGAUAAAUAUAUAUUAAAGGAAUGUAAUACCAUAUCUAUGCAGGAAUGUUCCAACUAAUUAAGCAUUUUGUCUUCUUGAUUAUUAAGGGAUGAUGACAGAAAUGAUUGUAAUCACGUCUAUGGAUAUCUUAUUAUGGAUUAAGAAUGCUUUUGAAAUGUAUUGAAAAUGAAAAGUCCCUUGUUAAAUAAUAUAUAUGAUCACUAGAUAAAGAAAUCAACAAACAAAAUUUUGUCAUGAUCUACCAAUUCUACGGGGAGCUUAAAGCUAGAUUGGACAUUCAUCAAAUGGUUAAUAUGCAAGAUAUUUUGAUAACACUUAUGGACCAGAUGCUGGAGAGAAUGACAUGUAAAGCCUUUUAUGGUAGCAGGAAUUGCUAUGAAUAUGUACUUAACCCCUAGGUACAUGGUUCGAUUCCUGCGGAAGGCAAAAACAAUAUUUCCUGGGCAGCCGAUAAGCGGACCUAGGGGGGAUUAUUGAUUAAGCCGGUAACAUGCUCGGUUGGCCGACACGGUUGAUGCGUGCAGCGGAUAUCGGGGUGUUACAUUAGCCGCCUCUGCCAAAAUGUUUUAGGAAACUCCUUCUCUUGCAGCAUGCAUCUAACCAUCCUCAUCGUCGGUCUAUUUCUCCUUCACUAACCCCAUUUUGCUCUGAAUUGUAAGGGUUGUGAGUUAAGGCUCAAUUCCAACUUCUUCGCAAAAUAUAUUAAAAUUUGCUGACGUAUACUAUAUCCCAUUGUCAGAUCUUAGACAUUUAAUCUUGCAGCCACUUUGAGUUUCCACCAUUUUCUUGAACUCCAUUAAAACUUUCCAGCCACUUCAUGCUUUAAUUUUAAUAAAAAAAUCCAGCAUUUUCUUGUAAAAUCAUCUAUGCAAGAAAUGAAGUAGAAAGUAACUUGUAGUGACAGUGUUCUUUGAGGUCCUGUUAAAUCAGUAUGAAUGAGCUAUAAUUAUUGAGAAGCUCUCUAAGAUGAUUUGUGUAAUGAUUUUCCUAUUUGUUUACCAUUUUUACAAGAAUUACAAUUUGGCAAAUUAUCAAAAAGUACUGGUAAACCUCUUGACAUGUCUCUUUUCUGCAUGUUCAACAUUCUUUCAAGAUGGCAAUGACCACGUCUCUUGUGCCCGAGUUCUAUGGGACUGACUUGAGUGAAAUAGACCGCCAACUCCUCUUGUUCUGGAUCAAAUGAGAAGCUUUUACCUCUCAUCUUAACCCUUAGAACUUCCUAGCCAAUAAUGUCAUGGGUAAGACAGUGUUGAUGUUCAAAAGACACUUUAAAUCCCUUUUUAAUCAACUAACCUAUUGUUAGCAAGUUUUGGUCAAUGUCAGGUACAUAAAGAAUAUCUGAUAUAAUGUUGGUAUAUGAACACGUUGAAAUUGAAAUGGUUCCUUUUCCUUUUGUAGUAAUAUAGCCACCAUUACCUAUUCUAACCUUUGAGACAUUAGUGGGCUUUAAAUCCUUGAAUAGAGUCUUGUCAUAUGUCAUGUGGUUCGUAAAACCACUAUCAAUCAACCAACUAGAGAAUUGCUCCUCGUCAAAUAACAUGUUGCAAAAAAAUAUAAUCUUCUCCAUCUUGCUCAAUAACUUAGGCAUUGGCUUCAUGUUGCUGCUAAAAUUUGCUUCUACAAAUUACAGCUUCGUGUCCAAGCUGAUUGCACCUACUUCAUUUCACGUAUGAUCGUUUCCAACAUUUGUAUUUCGGGUGAUCCAAUUUUCCCCAAUGUUGACAAGGUGAUAACUUUUAUUUUUACCCUUACCAUUGUUUUUGUUUGGUUGUAAGCAUAAUUUUCUCAGCUUAAUGGUUGGUUCUUGACAUGCUUCUUUCUAUUGAUUUUCGCAUGAUGAUGCUUAGCUUGUAAAACGCCUUCGACUGCACCAUCAUGUCUUAUCAACCUUUGUUGCUCUUGGGACUACACAACACUUACAAGUUUCACCAAUGUGAUCUUUGAAAGAUCCUUAGUAUUUCCCAAUGAAGUAAUAGAAACUUCAAAUUUUUCAAGACAAGUCACCAGUAUUUUCUGAACUAUUCUUGAAUCUGAGAGGUCGGAACCUGACAACCUCACCUUGUUAACAAUGUUAAGAGGUCUAUUUGCAUAUUCCUUGACUGUUUCAGACUCCUUCAUUGCAUCUCAAAUUCUUGAACCAGAUACAUUGCUUGCAUUCCCUUGAUUCUUUCAUCUCCUUCAUAUUCAUCCUUGAGAAAUUCCAACUUUAAAUGCUGAUUUGAUCGUCAUGAUUCUCGAAAUGUCUUGUGAGACAACAACAAAUAAAGUGGCUCUUGCCUUUGACUUUCUUGCUUUCUUCUCCUUGUUAUUUCUUAUUUGAGCAUUAGUUGGAUUGUUUGGUAAAUGAAGAACUUCUUAGUCUUCCUCAACAUCUUCAUAGAGGUCAUUUACUUCUAGGUGAGCCUCCAUUAUUGUUGCCCAUAUGUGAUAGUUAUCACCAUCAAACACGCGCGGUGCUAGUUUUCUGUAAGGGGUUUCAAAAUCCAUCUAUUUGAUGAAUUGAAGCAAAGUUUAUAAUUUUUUAUGGUGGUUUCUUUACUGUGUUCACUCACAGGUCCCUCUAAGAAGAAGGCUCUCGAUUCUAAUUUGUUUGUUUAAUGGCAGAAAGAUGAAAAGCGAAAAGGAAGGGAAGUAGAGAAACCAAUGCAUGUGUUAAAGACAAAAUGAAUAAAAUUCAAUUCUGAUCAAUCAGUAACAUAACAAUAACUAAUGGAAAGAAAAAACUGAAAAGCAUCCCAUGUAACCAAGAUUUUAGGGAACUGAAUAAAGAAUUAAUUUACUCCUAAAUUAUAGCAACCACUCCUAACUUGCUCCUAAAAUAUAUCAACCAAAAAUUGACUAAGAUGCUAAAAACUAAAAUAAUAAUAAAUAUCUAGCAGUUAUAAAGCACAUGUUUCAACAAAAGGAUCUAAAAGGAGAAAGAGACGAGAGAGAUUCUAUGUGUGUGUGUGUGUGUGUGUGUGUGUG